AUGUAUGUGAUCAAUGUGUAUGUAUGUGAUCAAUGUGGUAAGGCAUUUAUUCAAGCUAGUGACCUCAAAAGACACAAACGAAUCCAUACAGGUGAGAAACCUUAUGUAUGCGAUCAAUGUGGUAAGGCAUUUAAUCAAAUUGAUAGUGUCGCGAUACAUAAACAAAUCCAUACAAGUGAGAGACAGUAUGUGUGUGAUCAAUGUGGUAAGGCAUUCAAUCAAAGACAUAGUCUCACAACACAUAAACUAAUCUAUACAGGUGAGAAACCUUAUGUAUGUGAUCAAUGUGGUAAGGCAUUUAAUAAAAAACAGAGUCUCAUAGUACAUAAACGAAUCCAUACAGUUGAGAAACCUUAUGUGUGUGACCAAUGCGAUAAGGCAUUUAAAUCAGAACAUCAUCUCACAGAACAUGAACGGAUUCAUACCGGUGAGAAGCCCUAUGUAUGUGAUCAAUGUAGUAAAGCAUUUACUCGACCAAACCAUCUCACUAGACAUAAGCAUAUCCAUACAGGGGAAAAACCGUACGUAUGUCGUUAUUGUGAUAAGGCAUCUACUCAAUACAGUAUUCUCACGAGACAUAAUAAACAAAUCCAUACAACGGGAGACGCCCUAGGUAUGUGAUCAAUGUGGUAAAGUAUCGACCCCACCAUCUCACAAAACCAUUAAAAAAAUCCACACAGGUUAAGAGUUUAGAUUUCCUAUGUGAUCGAAGGCAAUUGU